AGUUGUAGAUACGACUUCCACAUUAUAAGUACAUACCUGGCUACCCUAUAUAUUGCCUAAUAUAAAAGUUCCAUAGACACAUAGGUAGUACACCUCAACUGAACUGUGCGUGUAGCCGUUGAUUAUUUAUACUUGUUUUAGUUAUGGAACAGUGGAAAGGCAAAGUAGCGAUAGUAACUGGUGCCAGUGCAGGAAUCGGUGAGGCAAUCGUUGUCAAGUUAGUGAAAUACGGCGUUCAUGUUGUAGCGCUCGCUAGAAGAGAAGUUAAACUUAAGGAAUUAGCAGAAUCACUUAAUGGAAAAGGAAAUAAUCAUGGUACUAUUCACACAAAAGUUUGCGAUGUGACAGAUGAACAAGCAGUGAAAAAUGUAUUUUCUUGGGUCGAUUCUACACUGGGAGGUGUUAGUAUUUUAAUCAAUAAUGCUGGAAUCGCAAGAGUAUCAAGUCUUCUUAAUGGAAAACUGGAAGAUUGGCAAGAAAUGAUGAAUUUAAAUGUGUUAGCAUUAAAUGUGUGCUCAAGGGAAGCUUAUCAAUCAAUGACAAGAAAUAAAAUCGAUGGUCAUAUUAUUCAAGUGAACAGUGUUGCUGGUCAUAAUAUAACACCAUACUUUGCCAUGAAAAUGUACAAUGCUUCAAAACACGCGGUCGGAGUCUUAUGCGAGGGACUUCGUCACGAACUACAGUUAGUAGGAUCAAAAAUCAAAGUGUCGAGCAUUAGUCCGGGAGGAGUUUCAACAGACCUUUUAUUAGGUAUUCUUGAACGCAGUAGAGAACCAAAUUCAACAGUUCAAGUAAAUAACAUAAAAAUACUUCAAACUGAAGAUGUUGCUAACGCAGUUAUCACCACUUUAGCCACUCCGCCAACUGUACUUAUAGCUGAAUUGACCAUCAUAGCCAAUGGAUCAACAAUACAAGCACAUUUUCAACCAUCGGAUGCAGUAGUGAAAAACUUAUUAAAUUCAUAAAAAUAUGUAUUUUAUAUAAGACACAACUAUAUUAUGUAUUUUUUUGUAUUACAAUGGAUUAAAAAUGAUUAAUAUUGUUAUUAUAAAUUACUCUUACGGUUUUACAAAUAAAACAUCAAUUUAAAAAAUAAAAUAA